AUGACAGCGCAGAAGGUCGCAUUCCUUUCACUACCCGGCCUAUACAUUGAUGACGAACUAAUUGGUGAGCUUCUUCGUGGCGAGGUCGCCACCCUACCAGCAAGACUAGAGCAGCUGCUGACGAAAGGAGCAAAUCCCAACUGUCAAAACAAACAAGGAAAGACACCGCUUCAUCUUCUGCUGUCAUGUCGACGUGCAAAAGUGAAUGCAACGACAACAGACGUCACUGUUCAGUCAAUGUAUAAGCUUUUGAACAAAGGAGCUUCUGUCAAUGUACAAGACCAAACAUGCCAAAGUGUCAUUCAUCUUGCUGCUGCAAACAACAUGCCUUCACAAAUCCUUUCUCCACUCUUUGCAAAAUGUAACUUCAGUGAGUUGUCUGAGGCUGCAGUUCAUGAUCUGAUGGCAACUGAGUGUCUAGAUGUUGACAUGCUUGUCAGUCUUUGCCGUUCUAGUGUUGAUUUGUUGUCAACAAACGGAUCUGACGUUACAGCAAUUCACUGCAUGGUGAAGAUGCAUCGGCCAUCAGAUGCAGAUCUUAUUCACACUCUAGCCAAUGAACAAUCCAAAAUUUUUAAUGCAAUCAAAGAUGAUCUUCUGCUCUUUGUGUGCAGACAUGGCAGCAAAGCCACUCUACAGGCACUGCUACAGCUUGGAGCAUCGACUGCUGAGAGAGACGAGUAUGCAGGUUUACCAGCAGUGCUUCUUGUUGCAAGCAGUGUUGCUGAUGAAGAAGCAGUAGAAAAAGUAAACAUGCUGGUAGCUCAUGGAGCCAACAUCCACACUACUAGUACUGCUGAUCAGAAUCUAUGCCACGUAGCAGCAAUCCUACAGAAAGAGCGACUUCUCACGCUUGCAAUUGACAAGGGAGUUGACCAUACCUACAGAGAUCAAGAGGGAAGUACACCACUCCACUAUGCUUGUGCAGCUGAAGAUAACAGUUCUGUCAUCUCUGUACUGCUCAAUGCUGGAUUGGAUAUCACGAAGCCAAAUGCUGAUGGUGCAACGCCUCUCUACGUUGCUGUUACGUCCAAGCAUGUCAACAAUAUUUCACAAUUAAUCAAAGCUUCAGCUGAUGUUGGAAACUCUGGGCUAAAGAGUUGCUUCUCUCGUGAUUUGCAACUACUAAGUGAACCUGACGUCAUCAAGGCAUCACCCAAGCCUCUCGAAUACGUACUCACACUAACUUCUUUCUAUAAGCAGAUGGCACAAGUACAACCAAAAUCCAAAGACAACUACAUAGAGAUGUCUACAAAACUAGAAGACACAGCAGUUGAAAUGAUCGAAGGGUUGCACUCGUUGAAGCUGCAGAGACUUGCUCUGAAUGGACACGUUGUGGAAAUGGCAAUUUUGAAUAGCCACAAGAAGUUUAUUGCCAGUGAAGCAGUUCAAGAUGAGCUCACUUGUGUGUGGAAGGGAUGUGAGACAGGGUGCACAAAACUGUUUCAAGCUAUGAUUGUCUUUCUCUUGCAAGCUAUUGCUCGCCCAUUUGUCAUCCUCAUUGCUUGGCCACUCAUUGUUUUCAGUGUCAAACUCUGUGGCCAUCGUGUGUCAUGGAACAUUCUUCGGCCACAAACAUCACCAGCAGUUUGGUAUUUCGCUGAAGCCAUUGCAUAUUUCAUAUUUUUCGUCAUAAUACUGUUCACAUCAUUUGACAAUGAAUCACACCACUUGACACCCUUGCAGUAUGUCGUGUUGGUCUACGUGCUUGCUCUUCUAUACAAUGAGUUGCUAACCCUGAGCAGAGAAGAAUUUCGAUUCUAUUUCAGACGGCUCGGCCACAAGAGAAAUAUUAUUGGCAUAGUUCUCUUUCUUGCUUCUUAUGUUGUAAGAAUUACUGCCAUCUACAUUGAUGACAAAAAAAUCAUUCGAGUACACAGCUACAUGCUGGCACUAGCAACAACCGUGUCUUGCACACGACUGCUACAGUAUCUCAGAAUUCAUCCAUUCCUUGGUCCAAUACAGAGAUCAUAUGGCAAAAUCCAACAGUGCCUCAUGUCAUUCCUAGUAAUUAUCCUUAUCUACUUGCUGGCAUUCGCAAAGGCCUUGUCUGAUAUUUAUGGAGCAACAAAGUUUGACCAUGAUAUAUCACACGCAAAACAUGAUUCAUCUACAAACAAUAGUUUGACAGACUGUCCAGCUGAAGCAUUUGACAGUUUCUAUUCAUCAGCAGAGAGUCUAUUCUGGUCUCUGUUUGGUUUGACAGAACUCGAUCACUUCACCAACUGCACAAAGCCUGAACAAAUAGUUGGAAAACUGGUGUUUGGUCUCUGGAUGAUGCAGGCUACAAUCAUUCUCUUCAACAUGUUAAUUGCAAUAGUUACAAACAUGUUUGAUGAACUUCAGGAAAAUGCUGAUUAUGAGUGGAAGUUUUCUUUGGGUGCCACAAUUGUGGACAUACAGAAGGCUCAGCAAAAAACCAAGUUUCCGCCUUCUUCCGCUGGCAAGCACUUUACAACACAAAACAGAAGAAAAAGAUGCCCUUGA